AUGCUUAAGUCCCUCUUUUAUCAUAACUUCCUUCCCCUCCUUCUUGUUCUCCUUCAUGGUCGUGUAUUUGCUCACUUUCCACCAAAUUGCAGCAUUGUUAUACAGGAGAACUUAGCCAGAGGCUAUCUUAUUGUGCUGCCCUACGUCAACAAGAUGGUUGGAAAUCUUCAGCAAUUCAACCUACAGGUGACAAACAGGAACCCCUAUUUUAAUGUCGUUUCUGACCUGCCUGGAGCACGAAUGACUACAAGUGGUCAGCAACAUCAAAAUCCCUGGCAUAUUUGGUAUCCCAAAGAUCCCUCCCCAAUCACUUCACCAUGGUACUUGGUGACCCUGCAGCGGAUCGACAGGGAGCGGCUGUGUCAGACAGAGCCUGGAUGUGAUUGCCGCCUGGGCAACAGUUAUCCAAACCGUCUGGGGACGGGUCCGGAUUGUGUUCUACCGCUUCGAUUAGUAGCUAUUCCUUCCAAGAAAGUUGGACUUCCCUUGGUGAUCGACUUGACUAUUUGUAUAGCUGAUGAAAACGACAACUCACCGUCCUUUAGGUUUUCUUCCUCUGCUCCUCGUUUUGGAGCUUCACCGGUGGUGAGCGUUCACUUCAAGGAAGAUGCUCAAAUAGGGGAAUCGACUCGAAUUCCAGCUGGUUAUGAUUCCGAUGCCUAUCCAGAACACACCGUGAGCUCUUACAGUCUCAACUGUCCAGAAAAGGACGUUCCAUUUAGUUUGGUCUACGACAUAAGCACUCCAGAGAGGCUAGAUCUUCAAGUUGAUAAACCCCUCAAGUUUGAUGGACAAUGGCCCCUGCAUUGCACCGUGACGGCAUUUGAUGGAAAACACAGCGGAAGCAUGCAACUCAAAAUCCAUCUGGAUGACGUAAAUAACCACAAACCUGUGUGGGAACCGCCGAGUAUCCUCAACUCUGCUAUCACUCUGAUUAACGAAACUUCUGAUGAAUGGGCAUUGGAAAUUUCCGAAUCUGUUCCACCAUUCACAGUUCUUCUCCAACUCAAGGCUAGUGAUGAGGACCCGGUGUAUGGGAGGCUUACUUACUCUAUGGAAGGAGGGAAGGAAGGAGGGUUAUUAUUUGAUAUUGACUCGAAGACUGGAGAAGUACGAUUAGUAAGUAAGCAGGACUAUGAGAUAAUUGGAAAUGGAGCGGUAACUGUACCCCUCCUGGUCGCAGACAAUGGAGGCCUCUCUAUACCAGGAAAGCUCAUUUUUUACCUCAAAGACGUAAACGAUAAUCGUCCUUUGAUACGUUUUUCCGGAGGUGAAAAGCAUGCCGAAAUUGUGGAAAAUAGUCAGUCCAAUGUUUACAUUGACUAUAUAACUGUUAGCGACGCAGAUUCUGGAGUGUAUGGUCAAGUGGAAUGCUAUCUCAAACCAGGCGUAAUUUCGGACCACUUUCAGUUGACCCGAAUAGAGGACAACCUGUGGGCCUUCCAGGCGGCGAAACCGAUAGAUAGGGAGUCGCUGGCGUCGACCACCGCCACUACCACUAUCACUACCUCCACCCAACAUAAUCGGUUAUAUGCUCCUGGAACUCGCGUGGGAAUAACUGUGGCAUGCAACGACAAUCCAGGUGCGCUGAAGGAAUACCAACUUUCUGCUGAAUCCACCAUCCAAGUCACAAUUGUGGAUGUAAACGACAACCCUCCACAGUUUAUAGGACUUGAAAAAAGCACCGAAAAUGCAGUCUCUAUCAUCGAUGUGGCGAUUUCUGAAGGUGUCCCACCUGGAACUCCAGUGGUUCGCAUAGCAGCUGAAGAUCCAGAUGUAGGGGACACCCUUACCUACGCCCUUCUACCCUUUGGUAACAAAAAACUGUCGAUUGAUCCUGUCUCCGGAUUAGUAACGACUCAGGGCGUAUUUGAUCGCGAGGACGUGCCCAUUCUAACUGGUUUCAAGGUGUUUGUCUUUGACGGCGGCGAUGCAAACCAUUCUGUUUCCGCUGAUCUGCGAGUAACCAUUCUAGAUCAGAAUGACAACAGUCCCGUCUUUCACUCACAGACUGUUUUAACCGUUCCUGAGGAUAAACCUGUCGACAGUCUUCUGCAUGUUAUCAACGUAACUGAUGCAGAUGCAGGGGAGAACGGAACAGUAACGCUAUUCUUCACUCAGCACCAGCAACCCGCAAAUCCCUUCACUCUCCAUCCAGAUGGUCGAUUAUUUCUGACCCGGCCACUAGAUAGAGAACGUCGUGAGCACUACGAACUGACCAUAAUUGCUGCGGACAAAGGAAUCCCUGCUCUAAGUUCAACAUUUACCUUGUUGGUACAAGUGGAGGAUGUCAAUGACUCACCUCCACAGUUUGAACUACCGGUUGGAAGCUUUCUCAAGACGGUGUCUUGCACACAAUCCUACGUUGCACUUGACAUAGCAGCAACAGAUGCGGACAGCCUACCCAAGAAUACGGUAAUCAACUACCGGAUUUUGAAUGUGAAAGGACCUAUUGGGGAUUCAGCUGGACAGAAAGGCAGUACAGAGAAGGAUAACUCUCCAUUCUACAUUGAACCAGAUACUGGCGCACUUCUCUUCCAUGGUCAGAACAGCGAAAUGCCUACCUCGAUUGAUCCUUGUGAUCGCACUGGGGUAUACCGUCUCACCAUCAUGGCGUUUGAUCCCCAUCGACCGGAGUUGAAUAGCAAUGCAACGGUCACUCUCCACAUUACUCGACCUCAUGUGAUGGAAGAUGCGCCUAUGAUUGAAACUGCUACUGCAGAGACUGGAAACGCGUCCAUCGGACUAUCAAACCAUUUUCUUCAGUCCGCCGACCCUCCCGCGGCCAAUCAAUACGUCCACGGAGCGUCAGACGUGAACGGAGGCGAAGAGGUCAGCAUUCGUCAUGCUGAUGGUAAUAUUCACAGUGGCAGCGGAAGUAUAGAAGAGGAGUCUGCAUCAUCCCGCUCCAACCGUAUGACGUUUCUAGGGCUCUUCUUACUCAUAACCGUCUUUAUUGGACUCACCCUCCUUCUCGUCAUCCUCAUCUACCUCAUCAAAAGACGCAUUACUGUGGACGAAAGUUCUGCUGCGGUGGGACCGGGAGUAGCAAGAGGGGAGGUGCAUGCCCCUCCACCCGGCCAGUACCUUUCCGAAAUGACCUUGAAAAAAAAGGACUUUUUGGCGGAUGCGUAUUUGCCUCCUACCACCGUCUACGGAACUGUGAGGAGUGCACUCAAUGCGGAACCUAUUGAACAAAAUUAUUCUAGCGAUAAGAGAGCACUUAUCUAUCUGUGCAUUGGCGAAGUGGCAUCUGGGUACACAAACCAGCUAAUUGCUGCUGUUCAGCGAGCUGAGAUCAGCCGCGAGACAGGACAGGUUAAAUCUCAAAAGGUUCUUCAUCACAGUUAG